CCGAGAAUCACAAUAAAAAUGAUUAAGCUGAAAUCAUUGUUUCGCAGAGGACAAGGGACCUCGAGUUCCAACUCCUCGAACUCUUCGCACAAGCAACAGCAGCAGCACUCCAACAACAACCGCCAGAAGUCGCAGUCGAGUACAUCCCUAAACACGGCCCACGAACAGCAACAACAACAACAACAACAGCAACAGCAGCAGCAGCAACUCAAUAACGCAGCAACUGCUGCAACAGCGAGUGGCACAACGACAAAGUUUUAUUCCAAUCACGAGGCAGCCACUUACGAAAGGGGCGUGGAUGUUGGCGAUGAUGAGGCGCUGCUGCUGACGAAUCAACAACAACAACAGCGACUUCAACAACAAUUGCAACAGCAGCAACAGAGCAACACGCUGCCGCUGAAAAAGUCAAAGUUAAAAGGACAAAAGCAACCAAAGCAGCUGCCAAUAUUGCAACAACAUGCGAAUGUACAACCAGAACAUCAACAAAACCAACAACUAAUGACUUCUAUUGCGGCCGUGCCCUCAGCAGCGGCGACUAACAACAGCAGCACCACCAGCAGCAGCAACAACAACAACAACAUUAACAACAACAACGCAUUGUCCGCGUUGCAAGAUGAUUUCUAUCAACAACUAGCAGCAGCGGCCACAGCAGCAUCGGCCACAUCAGCCAGUGCCAGUGCCAGUGGCAGUGGCGGUGGCAGUGGCAGCAACAACAUUGGAAGCAAAAACAGUAGCGGCAAUAGUACGGCGGCAAGCGCAUUUCCGGCCGCAGCAGCCGCCGUGGCUGUGGCAGCCGUGGCAGCCAACAGUUAUCAGCAACAGCAGCAGCAGCAGCAACAACAACAACAACUAUUUAACAACGAACAGCAACAACAGAAGCUCUUAGAGGCUAACAACAAAAUGCAGGAGCUGCAGAGGCAGCUGGAUCGACUGGGAAGCGAGCAACUGCAGCUGGAGACACGCAUCACGGAGCUGCUGCCAUACCAAAGCGAGGUGGCCAAACUGAAGGGCGAUCUGGUUAAGAUGCAGAAUCUACAGGAGAAAACACAAAUGGAAAUCGGCAAUCUGAAAUAUGAAAAUGAAUCUUUGCGCAAUCGUUUGCGGGACGUUGUCAACUCGCCAUUGUCGGAUGCGGAGAAGCAUCAGAUUAUACAAGAAUCGCAGCGUUUGCAUAGCUCAGCGCCCGCCUCCAUAGCACUGCCUAGUACAAACGAAGCGCACGAUGGGACGCCCUGCCUCACGCCCGACUGGGACAAGCAGUCGUCGUCCAGCGAGGUAUCAGUAGCCUGCCUGCAGGACAAGAUCAUCCAGAUGGAGGAGACCCACUACUCGACCAAUGAGGAGCUGCAGGCCACCCUUCAGGAGCUGGCCGACCUGCAAACGCAGCUCAGCGACACCCAAACGGAGAACGAGCGGCUCGCCGAGGAGAAGGACGUGCUCUUUCAGUCGCUCUGCCGCCAGACGGAGAAGCUGAACGAGUCCAGAACGCAGAUCAGCAACCUCCAGGAGCUGCUGCUGCGCGACACCAAGCAGGCGGCUGAGGUGUGCACCUCGGAGCGUGAGAAGAAGCUGCUGGAUCUCAUCCAGACGUCACAAGAGGAGCGCGAGGCGGUGCUGCUAAAGCAGGAGGAGCUCAACGGAGAGCUGGCCGAGCUGCGGCAGACCCGCGAUGCCGCACAGCAAGAGCAGCAGCGGCAACGAGAGCGAAUCGCACUGCUCGACUCACAGCUGGACGCGGCCACGGCGGAGCGCAAGCAGGGCGAGGCACAGUUCUCGCAGGCCAAGGAGGAUAUUUCGCAGCGAGCCAUCGAAAUCAGCAGGCUGAGCACGCUGCUCGAGAAUGCCCGCUCCAAGAUCGAGGAACUGGAAGCGGACUUGGCGCGCGGCGACAAGACCGAUCUCAGCGACGUACUGGACGCGGCCCGGCGCGAGAAGGAUGCCCUGGAAGAGCGGGUAGCCGAGCUGCAGGAUCAGUGGUCGCGCAGCCAGGCGGAGCUGCGCCGCCUGCGGGAGCAGCUGGCCGGACUGAGCGAGGAGUGCAAGGUGGCAAAGAACAAUGCCAAGUGCGCCGUCUCCCAUCUGGAGUACCGACUGGAACAGUUGCAGCUCGAGAAGGACAAGCUGGCCGGUGAUUGCCAGGCGUUGGAGGAGCGGGUGGCUGAACUGCAGGUGCAGUCCAAGUGCCACCACGAGGACAAGGCCCAGCUGCAGGCGCUGCUCGGAGAAACUCAGAGGCACCUGGGGGACGUGAAGCUGAAGCUGAGCGACACCGAGCAGCGGCUGGACAAGGAGACUCAGUUGCGGCGACGAGAGGCUGAGGAAUGGCAACAGUUCCAGGCAGAUCUUCUGAUGACCGUGCGUGUUGCAAACGACUUCAAGACUGAGGCGCUAAGCGCUCGCGAGCAGCUCCUGCUCGACAACAAGACGCAAAAGGAGAAGAUCCGGCUGCUGGAGCAGCAGCUGGAGAAGCUCACCCCUAAGCAGCAACCGCAGCCGUCGGAGACGCCACAGUUGGUGCUGUCUACGGUCCAGCUGGAGAUGGCCGCGCGUCGCAGUAAACUAAGCUUUAGCCGGCAGGACUCCAGGCUGUCCGUCAAGACCCUCAUAGAGAGCAUCGAGAAUAACAAGGCGCAAGGAAAGUCGGAUGAGGCGGAGUCAAACUACAGCUCCAACUCGAGCCUGAACAGCGGCACUCCCGAGCUGGGGAACACUCCCAUCAUUCUUCCCGCCUCCGGUGACUGGCACGAGAGCCUUCGGUUGCCAGUCCUGCAGAGCAGCAAUCUGCACGUAAAUGUAGGAACAACGGCAGCAACAGCUGACGCUGGAACUGGAGGAGGAUCAGCUAACUCUACCAAAGCCACAUUGCCGUUGCGGGAGCAGCAGCAGCAGCAGCAGGUGACGGCUGCCAACUCCUCGCAGCCCUCCACACCGGCCACGCCCAGCAGCAGCGGCAGCAGUCAGCCGCCUAGUCUGCCCUUUGGCAGUGUCUCAAAGUCCUUCAUUAGCGGUGAGCGCAAGGAUCCGCUGAAUAUGCUGGCCAAAAACGGCGGCUCCAAGAGGAAUGCACUGCUGAAGUGGUGCCAGAACAAGACAGUGGGCUACCGCAACAUUGACAUUACGAACUUCAGCUCAUCGUGGAACGAUGGCCUGGCCUUCUGUGCGAUCCUUCACUCCUAUCUGCCGGAUCGCAUACCAUACGACCAGCUCAGUCAGGCGAACAAACGGCGAAACUUUUCACUAGCCUUUGCCGCUGCCGAAUCUGUAGGAAUUGGCACCACACUGAACAUCAACGAUAUGUGCCAGCUGGAGCGGCCCGACUGGAUGCAGGUGAUGUCCUAUGUGACGGCGAUCUACAAAUACUUUGAGACCUAGAUAUGUUACGCCUCACGCCUCACGUCUCCCGUCUUUUGUGUAUAUUUAUAAUCAGCAUUUCCUCAAUGUUUGGCGUUCAGACUACCCCUCUGAGCUCUGACACGACAAGAAGAAAAUAUUUUAACUUUAGCCCCCGCCCGCUACACCCUUAGUGUAUAUGUGUUUUUUUGUCUUUUUUUUUUGCUUCAGACCCUAAUUGUAUGUCUAUAUCUAUGUGUACGUCUGUGUCUAUAUCUAUGUACCCCAUUUGUAGACUAGUGGGCGCUCGAUAUUGGUGGACAGGUGGUCGAAAAAUCUUGACUUAUUUGAGUGAAUGAAUGAAACGGAACAACAGCAAUAGCAACAACAACAUCAUGAAAACCAAUUGUUUAUUAAAUAUUAAGUAAAUAUCUGUAAAAUGCAUUUGUUUGUUUUUUCGGUUUUACAGAAGAACGCUAGAACUCUAGAUAUCGUAGAACUUAGUUUAAAGAUACUCGUAUGUUUAAAAAGCAGCUUCGAGGGUUGUUGUUCAGGUUCCGGAUGGGUACCAAGAGAGCUGUAUUGAGAGUGCCACCUGGCGAGUGUCCACUGUAUUUUCUGUGUGUGUCUGCGUGUAUGUGUUUUUUUUUGUAAUUGUAAUUUUAUUGUGUACGCUUGAUAAAGAAGAAUGGCUUAAGCAAACCACAUAAGCUGAUGCGAAUGGUGAUGAUGGACAACUAUAGCGAUAGAGGUGGAGCAGCAGCCAGAGAUGGAAAGUAAAAGGAGUCCGGACUAGCUUUAGCAUACCAUACAUAUAUACUAUAUUUAUUUAUUCCAACUACUACUCGUACAUCAGAUCACUAAACUGUAUUUUCUCAACGAUUCAUUCUACAAAUACGAUACUAUAAAGAACAAAAUUAACGCGCAAUGAAACAAUGCA